AUGACAAGUGAUAACAGUACGGCAUGCGAGUUAGCAAAAGCCAAGAGGAAAAGAGAGGAAAACGAACAACGUACGAUGGAAAUUUUCAAGAGAGAUAACAAGACAGUGAGAACGCCACCAGGUACGGACAAAGCGAAGGAUGGAGCCGGUGUGGUAGGUAAGAAGAGAGAAGAGGAAGGAGUUCUGUCAGCAACAAAGAAGGAUGAGGAGGACGGUUCGCUACUAGCAGUCUUGAGAGAGAUUAAAAACAAAAUGAGGGACCUGAGGGAAGAGAUGAGAGAGAUGAGAGAAAGGAUGAACGUCUUAGAAAAGGGUCGGAGAAAAAAAGAAGAAAAAGUAGAGGAAAGAAUGGAUAAGAUAGAAGUGAGGCUAUCGAAGAUCGAACAAAGGAGUGAAAGCAUAACGGAUGAAACGACCAGCGGCAAAAUGGAGGAGAUCGUGGGAAAGGUGGCGGAGAUGGAAAACAAGAGCUUAAUAGACACAGCGAAGACGUUUCUGGAGUUUGGUGCAAGAGCGCGAGUGAAGAAAAUGCGGCCAUCAGGCAGAGUAGGAGGAGAGAUAAUAAUAGUCGAAAUGGACUGCUGGGAAGCAAAGGAUAACAUCAUGAAGGAGAAAAAGAAACUGGGAAUAUACAAUGUAGGAGCAAAGAAAGACGUUGAAGAGAUAAUGGCAAAAAUAACGGAGCAAUGCGAAGGAUGCGAAGGAGAGGAUAUUAUUAUAGGAGGUGAUUUUAAUAUUAGAAUAGGAAACUUAGGAGGUGGUAGGGAGGAGGAGUAUGACUUUGAAAAGGAGAGUAAAAAUAAAGUUAUAGAAAAUGGCGGCGGAAGUUUUGUGGAUAUGAUAAAUGAAAAAGGAUAUGCGCAAGAACGAGUGUUGGAAUUUAGAAUAAGGGACAGGGUGGACUCGGAUCAUUUGCCUCUGACCUUGUUACUACAGGAAGAGGAAAAUACGAGACAAAUGGAGGGGUGUACUGAAGAGGAAGAAGAGGAACGGAAUAUGUCAAAGAAGAUCAUAGUUUGGAACGAAGAGGCAAAGCAAUUAUACAGGGAGAGGACGGAGGUAUGGAAUGAAACCGAGGACCAGGAAAUGGAGUCGGUGGAUAGGAAAUGGGAGAAAUUAAAAAACGGAAUCCUUGGAGCCUUAGUGUAUAAGGAUAUUAAGGUAAAGAAGAGAAGGAAAAUAGGGCACAAAGAUUGGUGGGAUAGGAGUUGUACCAGAAAGAAGAGGGAGGUGAAAAGAAAGUACAGAAGGUGGAGAUGUGGAAAGGGAAGUAAGAAAGACUAUUUGAAAGAAAAGAAAUGCCUGAAGGGGUGGUUAGAGAGCAAAAGGAUGGAGAAGAGAAUGAGGGAAGAAGAGGAAUUAAGAAAACUGAAGGACGAAAAGAAAAUUUGGAACUAUAUAAACAGUCGAAGAAAGAAAAAAGAAUGGAAAGAGAAUAAUAUUUCGAAAAAGAACUGGAGAAGUUAUUUCAUGGAGCUGUUAGGUAGGACCGAGAUGGUAGGAAGGGAAGAGGCGUUGGAGAUGCGUGCCAUGGGAACAGAAGAAAGAAAUGAAGAGCAGGUUCAAGAUACAGAUAAAAAGCUGCAAGAAGAGGAAAUAGUGAGGGCAGUCAGGAACAUGAAGCUAGGCAAAGCUGCAGGUGUCGAUGGAAUCCCAAUGGAAGCAUGGCUGUAUGGUGGCGCAGCGGUAUAUGCCGAAAUUCUAAAGAACAGAUUAGAGGAAAUAAUGGAGAGGAAAGGAAUGAUACCUGACAGCCAAGCCGGCUUUAGGAAAGGGAGGUCCACGAUGGAUAAUAUAUUUAUCUUGAACCAUAUAGUGCAAAGGGAGAAGGAGAAAAAUGCGGCAACUUGGAAAGACAAGAUUUUCGCAAUAUUUGUGGAUCUAAAGGCAGCAUUUGACAACGUUGACAGAGAAAUUUUAUGGAAGAUAAUGGAAGAGAAAGAGGUGGAACGCAGUUUAAUAAACAAGAUAAAAGAAAUUUACAAAGAGACGGAGGUGACAAUAAGGACAAAGGAUGGGUUCACAAGGUGCUUCAAGACGAAGAAAGGUGUAAGGCAGGGCUGUGUGAUGAGUCCCGCCCUGUUUAAUUUAUACAUUGCGGACAUUGAUAAAGCUUUAGAAAACCGUGGCAUAGGAGGGGUAGAGCUAGGAGUAGUAAGAGUGUGGUCAUUAGCAUACGCGGAUGAUAUGGUUUUGGUAGCGAAAAAUAGAGAGGCUUUACUAGAUAUGAUGAGCAUGUUAAAAAAAUUUUUAAAAGAAAGGAAACUAGAAUUAAGUACAGAAAAAACUAAAGUUGGUAUUUAA